AUGAACCUCGCCAUUGACUCUGGCAUCAAUUACUGCGCCGAAUGGUUUGGCAGUAUUCUGACGACGACGUACUCGAAGUUUCCGUCUGUUCUGGAAACUGCUACUCCCUCCAUCCAGGACGGCCAAACCUUUGCCGACGACCUCAGCUCUGGAAAAUCACGCUCAAACACCACCGCCACCAUCGUCAUCAUCUCUAUUGCCAUUGUCUCGACCAUGAGCACUGUCACGUCGCCGGGUCCAACUAAGGCCAAGUAUGCGCCUAGAUUGGAUUCGUAG